AUGGCGAGUACCGCAGUGGCGACCGGCCAGGCCUGGUCGACCGGGAGGGUUGGGUUGUUUGGGGUUAGUUACUAUUCUGGAAGCCAAUGGAAAGUAGUAGCCAAACGGCCGAAGGGCCUUGCCUGCAUUAUCCCCUGGGAAGGAAUGUCGGAUUACUACCGGGACCGGUGUCGGCAUGGCGGGAUCUUCUCGAACAGCUAUAUCACCUUCUGGUGGAAUCGGCAGGUCAUCACUAAUCAGUAUGGCCAACCAGGUAGAGCAGCUUCGCGGUGGGGAGACGAUACUAUUGAAGGCGAUCUGUCGGUAGAGGAGCUCGGUGACAACAUUCGUGACCAAACUCCGACAACGCCGCGAACCGGUUCCUUGAUGACGAGUACUACGUGA